AUGCACGAAGAUCGGCGUUGUAAGAAAACCUUGCUAGCAAAGGCCAUAGAAACCAAACCUGAUGGUAGGCCCCCAGUGAGAUGGAUCGGUUGUGUUGAAAAUGAUCUAAACAUUUUAAAGGAUGAAUGGGCUCAGGGUAGAGCUCUGCUGGUCGCGGGCAUGAGAAACAACAAGCUUAGUGUGUUGUGUGAUUAUUUUGUGGGUAAUUUAGACAUGGCUGAAGAGACUGUGUUUCAAACCGUGUUAGGUGAAUUUCACUCUUUUUUUUUUUUUUUUUUUUCUUUUCUCACAGGUUUUGGAAUGACGACACCGAAGACAUUAGCUGGUCGAAUCGUUGUGAUCUUCUACGGGUUCCUCGGAUGUUCUGGGGCCAUCCUUUUCUUCAAUCUCUUCCUGGAAAGGAUAAUCACUUUCCUCGCAUAUAUCCUCAGGCUUCUACAUGAAAGAGAACUCCGGAAAAGAGGCCUUGAUAGACGCAGAGAUUCUCAGCUUUCAUUUGAUGACACGUACGAUUGGAAACCUUCAGUAUAUUGGGUAAUGUUAUCUCUGUUCAUCGCCACAAUAAGCAUCGCCGUCACUGCCUCCUUUCUCUAUGGUCCUAUGGAGGGAUGGUCUUACUUCGACUGCCUCUACUUCUGUUUCGUUACGUUCUCCACUAUUGGUUUCGGGGAUUAUGUCACUUCUCAGGAAGCGCAGUACCCCCACGUGUCGCUAUAUCGCCUAGCCAAUUUCGUGUUCAUCGUGUGCGGCUGUUGCUGUAUUUACAGCCUAUUCAAUGUGACGUCCAUAGUGAUCAAGCAGAUCCUCAACUGGGUCAUGAAGAAGCUCGACGUCAACUGCGUGCCCAGGAAACCUCCCGCCAAGGCCCAGCUGUUAGCGAGGGGCCGACGGAAUGCCAUUACUCCUUUCCAUUUCAAAAAACAGGCUCGAGGUGAUAUGAACAAAGUUGGUGAUUCAAGUGAUGUGGAUUCUAACUACGACAGCGAAGGUGAUUGCAGGAAUUCGGGUGAAAUGGUAAUUACGGGAAUCAAAUCCAACAAAUUUACUUUGGCAGUGAUGCAAAAACAACUACACGAGUCCGCCCAAAGAGACAAGGGACGACAAGGUGACACUAUAGUGCUUCCUUCACUGAGAGCCGUCGAAGAAAGCACUUUUAAACCAGGGUCCGUAGGUCCACUUGCUAUUGUCAGUAAGAAGCUUGGUGAAGAUGACAUUUAGAAGUUGCUUUCAGUUAAUGGUUUUAGCACAUUCUUCACUCUUCCAACAAAGGAUAAGAAUUCUUCUCACCCUCGAUCCGUUAAGUUUUCAUACUUCUCUAAUACUGAGCUGCAGAGAACUGUGUACACAUCACUGAAGAUUAUACUGCAGUAUCAUUGAAAUUAGUUGUACAGUAUCAUCAAAGAUAAAUAUUCAGCAUCACGAAAAAUAUAUGAGCACUAAAGUAUAUAUCACGAAAAAUAUAUGAUCACGAAAAAUAUAUGAGUUUAGUGCAGAAAGACGGGCACUGCACUAAACUGCAGUGCCCGUCUUUCAACAUUUCAUCACCAUAUUGCUUUAUGUAACAAGUAGUACGCAUAAGCUAGUUAGUUGAAAGAUAGAAAUUCUGAAGUCUUAACAGUCUGACAGUCUUUAGAAGUAAUAAAUAGUUAUUUGUGAUAUCUGAUGUGGAAUUUUAGAUAGUUCAUAUAUUUCAUUCCGAUAAGGAGGUCCAUUACAGAAUACUUCACAAGAAUUUCUAUCGUGAUUUUUAUGCGCAUAAGAAAUAAUUUGCAGCUUUGAAUAGUAAAAUGAAUUAACCUCACACAUUUUUUUUAAAUCUACAAUUUAAUUUUCGUUUUGGACGUAAAGUUAUAUUUUUUCUUUUUAUGUAAGAAAAUAUGCAUCUAAAUAUUUAUUUUAACGACUUGAACAUUACAAAGAAUCCUAUCCUUAUUUUUACAAGUUCGAUAAUUAAUACUUUAUUUAAAGGACAUUCUAAACUGAAAUCACAACAUUAUGUUAAUAAAUAUUUCUCAGACUGCUUUCGCUUAGAGCUUCUUUUACACUGCUUUAACGGUUGUUGACUGAUCAUAAUGACCUUCCUGAAUAUAUGCCAUGAAAGCUCGAGUUUUGUAAGGGCAAAGAGAAUGUACAGAAUUUUUUCAGGAAGAAUAUAUUUUCUGCUAUGACAGUUCGUCUUCAAGUGUUUCAUACUAAGCAACUAAUUUUUAUAAGCAGAAAUAUAUAGAAAGAAGAAGCACUGUCUUUGCAGUGAACAAGGAAAAAUGAAAGGUGUCGAUUUAUUGGGACAAACAGCUCUUCCGCAGUACAAGCCCAAUGAUUUUUUGCACUUUUUUCCUAGCAAAGGAAUGUUUGAUAUAGUGAAGUUAUUAUAAAAUAAUGGUUAACUUAAGAAUAGCACUUUCUUUUGCGUAAAUUUUACGUUUUACAGCAAAGUACGAAAUUAUUUUGUACUUAGUGUGAGAGUAUUUUUUCUGAAGAUCGUUUAUUUGUAUGUCUAUGAGUAUACGUAAUUGCUAAAUAGAAUGUUCCGCUUUUGAAAGCAUAGCUAUUUUUUAAAAAAGCUCUCUAAUGAGUUCUGCGAAUGGUGUUAAAUGCAGUUUUCUUAUAAUCUCUGUAUUUUGUGUUUAAUAAGAGAAAACAGAGCUUGUAGUUCUACUUUUCACUUUAUGAAGAUAUCCCAUACUGAAAAUAAUGAAUUCAGAAAUCAGCAUCGUUAAACAGUUAAAGGAAGAAAGAAAAAGUUUUAUUCAAAACCACUUAGAAAUUUAAAAACAAAAUUAUGGCAAUAAAAUAUAAUUUAGCAAAUUCUAUUGUUAACUACACAAGUCCCAAACUACGUUUUUGUAAGUUAGAGGAAUGUUUCUGGAUUAAUUAAUAAUCUGUUAAAUAAUAUAAGGUAAAUAGUAUUUAAAUAUUUGUAUAAAUUCAAAAUGAACGUAAUCAGUUCAAAACAAAUUCGUCUAAAGGUAUGUUUGUAACAAAUUUGAAAAUGAACGUAAUCAAUUCAAAAGAAAUUCGUCUAAAGGUAUGUUUGUAACAUAACUCUAUAUAUGUAUUUUAUUGGAAAAUUUUGAAAAUAGCGGUAAAAAAUCAUCAUUCGUGAAAACUUCUUUAGAAUUCCAAACUUAAGUUUUAUAUGUAGUAACCUAUUACAUUAAAAAUCGAUGUUGGAAUUAUUUUGAAUGAGCUGUUUUUCGAAUGGCGCAUGAUCAAACUUUACUGCAUAAAGAAAAUGUGUCAUUCAUCUCUGUGUUUACAAAAUAAAUUGGUAAUGUUUUAUUUUUACUAUAAUUUUCAUUUUUGAAAUAUUAAACCAAUAACCCAUAGAUAAAGCUUAUGCAGUGCAUGCAAGAAAUUGAUAGAACUCACUCUGAAUACAUAAAUGUAUACAAAAUAUCGGAAACUGACACAAAAAUCUCCUAAUAUGCCAGAAAAGACCACAAAUUUCCAGUUUCAGUAAUCUUCUAUGUGUUAUCAAAAUCAGCGAUAUUACACCAACUAGAUUACAUUAUAAGGCAUGUAUAUCCUUCUAAGUAAUGCCACAACGAGAAAAAUAAAUUUUGGUUGGAAAUGAUUGAUUUGAGGUUUCACAGACUUAAUGUUAUUUCAUUUCAUCAUUUCGGUUAAACGAGUUUUA